AUGCUCAAAACCACACCGUCAACUUCACAACGUCGAAGUCCGAUAGUAACAAGAUCAGUUUCUCGCCUAGGUGAAUACUCGUUUCGUUUGGGACAAGGCGAUCAAUCGACACCUAAAUCGAGACCGUCUAUUCCGCCUGAAGAGCGUGCAGUGCGCACCGUCGAACGGCAUCAUGAAAUCGCCGACGAUGAUUAUCUAAACGACUCGCAAUUUGUUUAUCGCGAGCAUUUCACGCUCAAAGAGCGCACUGAAAUGGGAUUUGUCGGAUUGUAA